AUGGCCGCAUCUCUAAUCACAAAAUAUGAAAUCAACGCGGACAUGGGUGAAGGUUUCGGGAGGUGGAAGCUGGGCCCUGAUGACGAGCUGGUCAAAUACAUCGAUGCCGCCAAUAUUGCUUGUGGCUUCCAUGCUGGCGACCCAACCAUCAUGAUCAACACAGUGCGUCUAUGCAAGAAACAUAAUGUCAAAGCCGGCGCACACCCCGGAUUGCAGGAUCUGGUGGGUUUCGGAAGGCGAAAAAUGGAAGUGAACCCCAGCGACCUCUAUGCCAUGAUCCUCUAUCAAGUCGGUGCGUUGCAAGGCAUUCUCAAGUCUGAGGGCCUAGAGUUGACCCAUAUCAAACCUCAUGGCGAACUCUACUUUUACAUGCUACGAGACGAAGCGAUUAUGCGAGCUGUGCUGGAGGCUUGUGCGCUAUUCAAGGUCCCCGUGUAUGCUUGCAAGAAUGACAGGCAGCAAGCUAUCUGCGACGAACUAGGAAUUACAUUCCAGGAGGAGGUUUACGUCGAUAUUGACUACGACAGCGAGGGCAACCUUGUGCCGGUGGCCAAAUCACAGCCUGUCACGCCGGAGUUGUGUGCCGAGCGCGUGCUUCGAAUGGCCGAAAAGGACGAGACAGUUGCCAACGAUGGGAAGACUGUGCAGCUGGGCUUCAAGGGGCGGCCUUUCAGCGUGUGUAUACACUCUGACAUGGCUACAGCUUUGGGCAAUGUCCAGAAGACCCGAGAUGCUAUCAAUCAGGUGAAUAGCCCUCGCAGGGCUGUUUGA